GCGAGGUUUUCGCUCGAGCUAACCCAAGCGGCGAUUAUUCCGAUCGCGAGAUUUCACAUAAUUCCGUCGCCGAUCUCGGAGUUAAAAAACUGAGCGUGUGUUUCUAACUCCAUCAGAUUUAUUAACUAGCCCUUAAAGGUUUUGUGUUUUUCACGAUUUUACACCGAUAAAGAAAAUUUCACGAUAAAUUCCAAAUUCCAAAAUCAGAGUGUGGUUUCAUACAAAUCCCGAAAGAAUGGGAAACGUCGGAGGCGAAGAAGAAGAAGGUUCAGCAAUCAAAGCUUUGGGCUCUCUCUUCAAGCUUACUCAAGUUCAUCUAUGGGACGAUGGCUCGACUGAUACUCGUUUGGUUCCUCUCUUCCAUGAACACACCGAUAUAUCGCCUAAUGAUCAUCGUUCUGGAAUCGCUAAUAACAGGUCUGAGGAUAUGGGAAUGAUAAAAGAGAUGAAGGCUCUAGGUCUUCCGGUUUCUUUUCAAACAAAUAAGGAGUGGAAGAACAGAACAAGAGGCCACCACAAGAAAGGAAUCAAGGUUAAUCUUCUGUUCAGUGAAGAAGACACUCUGAAUUUGGUAUUGGAUUGCUCUCCUGAUCCUGCUAUUGGUGUAGAAAACGAUUGUGUUGCGGUCGAAGAAGAGAAUCAUGAAACUGUAGGAAAAAGAGAUACAGAUUCUGUGUUGAUAUCAGAGACUACAGAUUCUCAGAGAUGCAAACUUGGUGAUGAGCAUGACUCUGAUGAAUGGAAAGUCUACUGGGAUUCUUUUUAUGGAAGAAGUUAUUUUUACAAUGUUAAGACGCAAGAGUCUACAUGGGAGCCGCCACUUGGUAUGGAGCAUCUAGCUAAUAGCUACGAAACCUAUAACAUGAAUGAAUUGUCUAUAGAGACAACAGAGAAGUCACAUGAUGACCUGGUUAGAACUGGACCUGCCGAUGAUGUUCUGGCUGAAAUAUCUGAUGAUCUUGGUGAAGUUUCUAGAAGUCAAUGUGAAACAGAAGUCCUAGAGGAAGUUAGCAGUUUGAUUGAUGCAUACGAAGAAACUUUCAAUGGAAAUCAAACUUUGGAUAAUACUUCUCUUGAAGAAGAGGUUAACGGUACAUAUGUUGUCAAUUCCAUUAAAAAGGCUAAAAGGAAGACAAGAAGAACUCGAUCCAGAAAGAUUUUCUCCAGUUCGAACACAGGGUCUCGAACGAAAGGUGUUCUUGAAGAAUAUUCAGAUAUCCUUGGCAAGUAUUGGUGCCAAAGGUAUCUCCUCUUCUCCAGAUUUGAUGAAGGCAUCAAAAUGGACGAGGAAGGAUGGUUUUCAGUCACUCCUGAACUUAUAGCUAAGCAUCAUGCUACGCGCUGUAACGGAGGCAUAGUCAUUGACUGUUUCACAGGAGUUGGUGGAAAUGCUAUUCAGUUCGCAUCAAGGAAUCACUAUGUGAUUGCAGUUGAUCUGGAUCCAAAGAAACUUGAAUUAGCACAGCAUAAUGCUGCCAUAUAUGGUGUUGCUGAUAAAAUCGACUUUGUGAAGGGAGACUUCUUCGACUUGGCGCAUAACUUAAAGGGAGGCACUGUGUUCUUAUCGCCUCCUUGGGGAGGCCCUGAUUAUGUUAAAGCGAGUAGUUAUGACAUGAAGACAAUGUUAAGACCUCGUGACGGAGACGCUCUAUUCAAGGCGGCUAUGAACAUUGCGUCAACGAUCAUUAUGUUUCUUCCAAGAAAUGUUGAUAUUAACCAAUUGGCGGAGUUAGCUUUAUCAACGUCUCCUCCACGGUCACUUGAGGCAAGUAUUUGUCCUUCUUGUUACACUGUUGAAAAAAACUACUUAAAUGGGAAGCUGAAGGCGAUAACAGCGUACUACUUGAGACAAGAGGGUUGUUAGAACUUAGGGGAAGACAUAGAUUCAAUGCAAGAAAGCUGUUUCAGCUUGUCGAAUACAAUUUGAUGAAAAUUGAUUGUGAACAUAGGUUUUAUGCAUUUGUAUAUAUAAAAUGUGUGUUUUGUAAACUUGCUGUAACUCAUUGCUUUAAGCUUAAAUUUUGGGGAAUGAAACUUGUGCAAGAAAACUAAAUGAGACGCAAGCGUUAACAAAUUCAGAGUUAUGUCAUUGUUAUGGAGUCUA